AUGCUAGCCGAAUCCGAACACGCCGUCAGCAACGGAGAUCCCCCCAAGCUCCGGGCUGCUUGCGAGAACUGCAGGCAGUCGAAGGUGAAGUGCAAUCUAUCGGGGAAGGAUACUUGUAUUCGCUGUCUGCGUCACGGACUGCCAUGUCGAUAUCGUGUUGCAAAUCGAUCCGGAAAGCCCAAGGGGAGUAAGAACCGGGCAACGCUGCGGAAGCUUGGACAGUUGCAAGACGAAAAGAAGCCCACGAUAUCCACUAGUGGGUGGACCGACGCUGCAGGUAAAGGGCAAUCCCAUCGGAUCAGCUAUGAUGCAGAUCACAGUGUCGAUGCAAUGAGUCCGCAGGACACGAGCCCAACGAGUCAAUCCAACAGCCCUGAUAGCCAUGGGGCGAACAUGACCGACACCACCUUACUGACGGACCCUACUGUGGAAUAUCCGCCCCUCGGGGAGACGCUGCCAUCGGCCGCUCCAGUCUUCAACCCGACCUCCAUGUCGCCGACGUUCCUGCAGAAGGAGUUCAUCACCAAGGGAUUCACCAGCUGCCCGCUUGCGGUGCACAUUCCCAACACCUUGCAGCCCUGUGAAUGCAGUAGCGUACUCUUCUACCACGGGAACCGGCUGCGGCACAUGCUGGCCGACAGCAUCCAUCUCCGGCUAGACCAGAUGCUACAGGGGAUCAAGAUUGCAUUGACCGUGUGCCGUGGCUUUCUGCAGUGCCCCAAUUGUCACAAGGACAAUACCAACCUGCUCUUCUCGGUGUCGAUCCUGGAGAUCACGCUGCAGCUCUUUGAAUACUGUAUCAGGUAUGAGUUCUCAUCCCAGUCGGCCAGCGAUCAUAGCAUGAUCGUUGGAUACGGCGAGUACGAGAUGAGCGCGGACGAGACGCGACGGAUCCGGCGGUUCCUCGUCCGGGGCCGGCUGCUGCAGGGCAAGGAAGUGCUGGGACUACUGAAGGAAGCCGUGGAGAUGAGCGGACAGAUGAGCCCCGAGCUGCGGGAUCUCCACGGGACGGAUGGAUUGGAGGGAGAAUGGCUUCAGACGAUCCUGAUGGGACAAAACAAAGAAGAAAGAAAUAUGGACCGCCUCUCCCAAAUCACCUCUCAUCUCACCUUCCCCCACGGCCUCCUGGCCAACCAAGUAGCCAUCAUCACCGGUGCCGGCCAAGGCAUCGGGGCCGAAACCGCCCGGUUAUUCGCCAACGAGGGGGCCAAAGUCAUCAUUGCCGAUAUUGAUGCUGAAAAAGCAUCCUCCACAGCCACCCUCAUAAACUCCAUCCAUCCUAACCGCGCUCUCGCCGUGCCUGGGGACAUCCUCUCCGAUAUUUACAUAACAGACCUGAUUCAAAAGGCAGCGGAGUUUGGGAAUGGGAAGAUUCAUAUUAUUGUGAAUAAUGCGGGGUUUACGUGGGAUGGGGUUAUACAUAAGAUGACAGAUAAACAAUGGACCACCAUACUGGCAAUCCACAACACAGCACCAUUUAAACUCAUCCGUGCAGCAGCGGGAUACUUUCGUGUCAAAGACGGGGAGUCAAGAGUGGUGAUUAAUAUAAGUAGUACGAGUGGGGUGCAUGGGAAUGCCGGUCAAGCCAACUACGCCGUCGCCAAAGCCGGUAUAAUCGGACUCACCAAAACCAUUGCGAAAGAAUGGGGUCCGGCGUUUGGGGUCCGGGCCAACACCAUCGCUUUCGGGUUCGUGAGUACCCGUCUGACUGCAGCUAAGGAGGAUGGAGCGUUCAUUACUACCCCUGAUGGGACUAAGGUGGCCCUGGGGAUCCCAGGGAAGCAGUUGGCGGGGCGGAAGGGAGAUGAGAAGACGCAGGCGUAUCCGGAUAUCCCGCUGGGACGGCCGGCCAGUGCGGAAGAGGCAGCGUGGGCCAUUCUGGGGGUGGCCAGUCCGUUGUUUUCGUAUGUGAGUGGGGAGACCAUUCGGGUGACCGGGGGGAGGAAUAUGUAA